AUGGUUGGAUUUACUACUAUCUCGUUCACUGAGUAUAACAUAGCAAACUAUGGUAUAGCAAUGAACAUAGGGAUUAUUUAUACUAAGAAAUAUGAUCCGAAGAAUCUCAAUCGUAGUUCCAUGAACAAUUCUUUAUGGCAAAUCCCUCCCAGGGUUACGGAGAGAAACUUUGCUAGUCGUAAAAAAGUUAUUUUUGCUUUUCCUCCUUCCCCACAAACUAAUGCAUAUCCUUUUGAUGAAAAUCAUGAUCUUCUAUUACCAUCUUUGCAAACCCGUCCUCCAGUUAAGCUUAAGACUCCAACACCCAAUCUAGGAACAGAGUCCAGUGUGGAUAUGGAAAGAACGGUUAUUGAAAGGAACUUUAUUGGUUGUAAAGAAGUUGUUUUUUCUCCACCUCCUUCUACUAAUGUGUACACUCUUGAUAAAAUUCAUCUUCUAUUACCAUCUUUGAAAACCCGUUCUCCAGUUAGGACUCCAACACCCAAUCCAGGGACUGAGGCCAGUAUGGAUAUGACAAGUAAGGUUACUGAAAAGAACUUUGUAGGUCAUAAAGAAGUUGUUUUUGCUACCCCUCCACCUCCUCUUCACGAACCUCUUCUAUUACCAUCCCUUCAAACCCGUCCCCCAGUUAAGACUCCAACACCCAAUCUAGGGACUGAGGCCAGCAUGGAUAUGGCAAGAAGGGUUACUGAAAAGAAUUUUGUUGGUCGUAAAGAAGUUGUUUUUUCUCCUCCUCCACCUCCUCUUCGUGAACCUCUUCUAUUACCAUCUCUUCAAACCCAUCCCCCGUUUAAGACUCCAACACCCAAUUCAGAUACUGAGGCCAGUAUGGAUAUGGCAAGUAAAGUUACUGAAAAAAACUUUGUAGGUCGUAAAGAAGUUGAUUUUGCUCCUCCUCCAUCUCCACGUCAUGAACCUCUUCUAUUACCAUCCCUUCGAACCCGUCCUCCAGUUAAGACUACAACACCCAAUCUAGGGACUGAGGCCAGUGUGGAUAUGGCAAGUAGGGUUACUGAAAAGAACUUUAUUAGUCGUACAGAAGUUUUUUUAGCUUCUUCUCCACUUCCUCUUCGAGAACCUCUUCUAUUACCAUCCCUUCAAACCCGUCCUCCAGUUAAGACUCCAACACUCAAUCCAGGUACUGAGGCCAGUAUGGAUAUGGCAAGUAAGGUUACUGAAAAGAACUUUGUAGGUCAUAAAGAAGUUGUUUUUUCUCCUCCUCCACCUCCACUUCAUGAACCUCUUCUAUUAUCAUCCCUUCGAACCCGUCCUCCAAUUAAGACUCCAACACCCAAUCUAGGGACUGAGGCCAGUGUGGAUAUGGCAAGUAGGGUUACUGAAAAUAACUUUAUUGGUCAUAAAGAAGUUUUUUUAGCUUCUCCUCCACCUCCUCUUCGUGAACCUCUUCUAUUAUCAUCCCUUCAAACCCGUCCUCCAGUUAAGACUCCAACACCCAAUCCAGGGACUGAGGCCAGUAUGAAAAUGGAAAGUAAGGUUACUGAAAAGAACUUUGUAGGUCAUAAAGAAGUUGUUUUUUCUCUUCCUCCACCUCCACUUCAUGAACUUCUUCUAUUACCAUCCCCUCGAACCCGUCCUCCAGUUAAGACUUCAACACCCAAUCUAGGGACUAAGGCCAGUGUGGAUAUGGCAAGUAGGGUUACUGAAAAAAACUUUAUUGGUCAUAAAGAAGUUGUUUUUUCUCUUCGUCCACCUCCACUUCAUGAACUUCUUCUAUUACCAUCCCUUCGAACCCGUCCUCCAGUUAAGACUUCAACAUCCAAUCUAGGGACUGAGGCCAGUGUGGAUAUGGCAAGUAGGGUUACUGAAAAGAACUUUAUUGGUCAUAAAGAAGUUGUUUUAGCUUCUACUCCACCUCCUCUUCGUGAACCUCUUCUAUUACCAUCUCUUCAAACCCGUCCUCCAGUUAAGACUCCAACACCCAAUCCAGGGACUGAGGCCAGUAUGGAUAUGGCAAGUAAGGUUACUGAAAAGAACUUUGUAGUUCAUAAAGAAGUUGUUUUUGCUCCUCCUCCACCUCCAUUUCAUGAACCUCUUCUAUUAACAUCUCUUCGAACCCGUCCUCCAAUUAAUACUCCGACACCCAAUCCAGGAACCAAUGACGGUGUGAAUGUGGCAAGCAGAGUUACUGAAAGGAACUUUGUUGGUCAAGUCAUGAAACUAUUCCUCCUCUUUCUUGUUCUUCUUUUUCUCUCAAGGAUUGGAACAAAUGAAGCUAUAAGAACUCUUGAUGAAACUCAUCUUCUAUUGCCAUCUUUGCAAAUCCAUCCCCCAGUUAAGACUCCAUCACCCAAUUCAGGAACCGAGGCCACUAGUAAUAUGGCAAGCAGGGUAAUUGAAAGAAACUUUGUCGGUCGUAAAAAGUUUUUUGCUCCUACUACCAAUGCAUACCCUCUUAAUGAAACAAAUGUGUUAUUACCAACUAAGAAAAUCUGUUCUCCAGUCAAGACUCCAUCACUAAAUCCAGCAAUCGAGGCCACUGUAAAUAUUUCAAGCACGAUUACUGAAAGAAACUUUGUUGGCUAUAAAGAUUUUUUCACUCAUCUUCCUCUUAUUAAUGCAUAUCCUCUUGAUGAAACUCAUCUUCUAUUAGCAUCUUUGCAAACCCGUCCUUCAUUUAAGACUCCAUCACCCAAUCCAGAAAUUGAAGCCAGUGUUAAUAUGACAAACAGGGUUACUGAAAGGAACUUUGUUGGUCUUAAAGAAGUUAUUUUUUCUCCUCCUCCUUCUACUAAUGCAUACACUGUUGAUGAAACUCAUCUUCUAUUACCUUCUUUGAAAACUCGUCCUCCAGUGAAGACUCCAAUAACUUAUCCAGGGACUGAAGCCCGUGUAAAUAUGGCAAGUACUGAGAAGAAAUUUGUUGGUCAUAAAGAAGUUGUUUUAGCUCCUCCUCCUCCUCUUCAUCAACCUCUUUUAUUACCAUGCCUUCAAACCCUUCCUACCAGAUUCAUUCAAUCCCUCAACUGGUAA